UGGAAAAUGAAUGNAAAAAAAUCCUCUUGCAGAUUUAAUUUCAAAGCCAAGAAAUCAUUGAAGUGCGGGGACAAGAGAGGGCGACAUGGACAGCAGCAGCACCUGGUACAGCCUCCCUGUCCACAGGGAUCGUGUCAUCUCCAGAUUCCCCAAGUGGUACAGACCAGAAGCCUGUCAGCAAUUCAAGGAUGACUUCCACUCUCAAGUGAAACGUGCCUGCCAGGAGCAGCAGACCAGAGCUGUUGGGCUGAAAAUGUCAAAAGUGGUCGUGGUUGGAGAUUUGUAUGUGGGUAAAACAUGUCUCAUUAACAGGUUUUGUAAAGACGUGUUUGACCGAGACUACAAGGCGACAAUAGGGGUAGAUUUUGAGAUUGAAAAGUUUGAGAUUGCUGGAAUUCCUUAUAAUCUUCAAAUCUGGGACACAGCAGGGCAAGAGAAGUUCAAAUGCAUCGCUUCUGCUUAUUACAGAGGGGCUGAAGUCAUUAUAAUUGCCUUCGACCUUGCUGACAUACAGACUUUGGAACACACAAAGCAGUGGCUGGAGGACGCUCUGAAGGAAAAUGAGCAAGGAUUAAGUUCCAUAUUUCUUGUGGGCUCUAAAAAGGAUUUAGUGUCGCAGGCUGAAUGUGAGAGAAUAGAAAGUGACGCUAUCAAAAUAGCUUCUGAGAUGCAAGCAGAAUAUUGGUCCAUGUCUUCUAAGACAGGUGAGAACGUGCGGGAGUUCUUCUUUAGGGUAGCUGCCCUGGCAUUUGAAGCAUCUAUACUGAAAGAGUUAGAAAAGAAUGAUGUGCCCACCGCAAAGAUCGGGGGAGGGGACACUAUCCGGAUGGACAGAACCACAGCUGAACACUCAGGAAAUGGGACAAACUCCACAAUCAACUGUUGUUGACAGUGAUUGUCAGCAUUUCAUGUUCCUGAGAUUCGUGCUACUGACAAGUUGAUGGAUUUGGAAACAAUAGCACCUUCAUUGUGCUGAUCCAUGUGGUGUCAGUUUCAGGUCCAAUGACUCUGGAAUUCAAUACCUGUGAUUUAUUAAAAUAUUAAUCCACGCCAGCCGAAUACUGCAGAAACUAAGGCUGAGUCUUGGCAUUGGAUGAAACUGAACCAUUUACAAAGGCAAUUGGCAACUUCUGAAGCGAUAUUUUGAAAAGGACUUUCACAUUUUACUGAAGGUGUGAACCACAUAAUGAGCAAAUUGUGGCCAGUGAAUUGGCUUCCAUUUUUGUUUAGUUAGUGUAGAACUAGGAUUUCAUGUCAAAGGUCAUUUCCAGGAGCUGCAAUAAAUACUGUACAGAGUAGCUAGUCAUUUAACACAUUAAUCUUUUAUUGUCCAAGCUGUAGAAAUAUUGUACCAUCCUUUAGAUGUCUGGACACGCAGAGCGAGAAUGUGCUUAAGACGGUGACAGCAUUCAUACUAUGACUGAACCGUUCACGUUCCCUGUCCACGACUGUGGGACGCUGCUGUGCGCAAUUGGCUGC